UGCAAGAUCGUUUGACUGAAUUAUCGAGCUAGAAGUCGAAAAAAACGUUCCUUAGGAUUUUUCACAGCGGUUCAAGGUAAAGCCAAGUUACAGGAUAAGUCCCGCCCCUAAAGUCGAGGCGGAAUGCAAAGUCGUGUAGGGACUUGGGUUCCCUACUCGUGGACGAGGACGGGUUUCCUUUUUACAGCACCAACAAGAUCUGUAUAAGUACGAGAGAUCCGAGUCGAUCCUCGACCAGAAAUAAAGGAGCAUCUUGACGCGUGGAUACAGAAAACUCGGAAUCAUCAUGCUUAAAUUCAUCGUUCUUAUUGUCGCGAUCGCGACGGUUCACACCGCUCCGACGUCUCCGUCGGCACCUAGAGCGGAGAUUUCCGAAGGAUCUGCCAGCUUGCCAACCCCAGCACCGACGCCAGCACCGGCUUUAGACUCGUCGUCUUCGUCUCUACCACCAGCAAGAUCCGCCGCGUCGGCGAAAGCUCUCACCACGAUAACCGAGAUAAAAACACCAGCCUCGACGACGAAACUGGCGCAUUGGCUAGCCGCUGCGCCCGUCUUAUCGCCUUUACAGGUGUCGCCGUACGCUUACGCGUUACCAGCGCUCGAACUAGCAGCAGCACCUUCCACUUACUCGAUCGAGCAGCACGGAUAUCGCAUUAUCUACUAGCAUCGUGAACCGUGAAUCGUCGCUCGUCGUUGGAUUCAGGUGGUAACGCGGCUCGACGAGUCCAGCGUGUACCAACAUGGAGAAAACGACCUCCUUCCUCACCAUCAGUCAUCUCCUCAUGUAUCGUGCACCGAUAAAUCCCCUUGACGCAUCACCUAAUGUUUAAUCCAUAUCAAAUAUACAUCAGCUCAUGAAAAUCGAUGCUUUGUUCGAGUAUAUUUGUACCCUUC